AUGGGACUUGCUGGGACAAAAGUUAAGCAGAGAUUCGGGUUUGAUCCGAGGAAUACAAACUGGUCUAAUAACAAUGAACAAUUUGGACAUCGGUAUCUUGAAAAAAUGGGCUGGAAGCCAGGAUCUGGGCUCGGUUUAGUCCCCCAUGCAAUAACGACACAUUUGAAAAUUAGUAUAAAGAGUGAUAAUGCAGGGUUAGGAGCGAAAUUGAAAAAGAGUGACAAGGAUAAGGAUUUGGAUGAGUGUAGCGGAUUAGAUGCGUUUCAGAGGAUUUUGGGUAGGUUAAAUGGAAAGGAAGAAAAGAUAAAUAAGAUGAUGGAUUUGAAGAGGAAAGAUGAGAUCAUUAAUGGGAAAUGGGGGAUGCGAUUCGUAAAGGGGGAAGUGUUGCUGAGUACAUGGGAUAGUGUAAAUAAGAAAUUGGUAUCGUAUGGGAGUACCGAGAAGGAAGAGGAGCGGGAAAGGAAAAGGAAAAGGAAACAGUGUGAUGGUAUAAUUGGAGAAGAAAAGGAGAAGAAAAGGAGAAAGCUCAAUAGUGGUGAAGUAAAGGAGAAGGAGAAGAAGGAGAAGAAGGAGAAGAAAGGAAAGAAAGAGAAGAAGGAAAAGAAGGAGAAGAAGGAGAAGAAGGAGAAGAAAGAAAAGAAGGAAAAGAAGGAGAAGAAAGAAAAGAAAGAAAAGAAGGAGAAGGAGAGGAAAGAAAAGAGGAUCAACAUUGAUACAAAAAUAAAGCUACUAGAGUCCAAUUCUGAACCUGAUCUAGAGUCAACAUCAACAGAGUCAACACCGACUCCUAUAGCAUCUAGGCUAUCGGCAAGAUCGAAAUGGAUUAAACAAAAAAGAGCCUCGGUGAUGGAUCCAAAAGCCCUAAACGAGAUUUUCAUGAUAACAAAAUAA